CACACUGGAAAACAUAAGGGGAAAACAUCGGCCGGCAAGAGUUAUUUACUGAUUUUAAGCGAUCAUUGGCUGUAUUGGAAGCUCUAGCAACAGGCAGUAGGACACAUCAACCCCCGUCGCCAUGGACGACCAGGCGUGCCCGCGGUGCAAGACCACCAAGUAUCGCAAUCCGUCGCUUAAGUUGAUGGUCAACGUCUGCGGUCACACGCUGUGCGAAUCCUGCGUGGAUUUGCUAUUCCUUAAAGGAUCUGGCGCCUGUCCCGAGUGCAUGGUGCCCUUGCGGCGCAACAACUUCCGCGUCCAGCUAUUCGAGGAUCCCAUGGUGGAGAAGGAGGUCGACAUCCGCAGGCGCAUCCUGCGUGACUACAACAAACGGGAGGAAGACUUUGGCUCCCUAGCGGAGUACAACGACUAUCUGGAGGAGAUCGAGGACAUAGUGUACAAUCUGUGUAACAACAUCGAGAUCAUCGAGACGAACAAGCGGAUCGAGGCGUACAAGCGCGACAACCGCGAGGUCAUCCAGCGCAACAAGACUCGCGUGGGUCGCGACGAGUACGCUCUGGAAGAGAUGCUGGAGCUGGAAAAGGUGCAGGAGGAGGCGCGCAAAAAGGAGCUCGAGGAGCUAGAGAGCGAGCACAAGAAGAAGAAGGCCCGCGACAAGCAAGCGUUGAUCGAGGAGCUGAUGUACAGUGGCAAGGAUGCCGCCCAGAUCGUCACCGAGUUCGCCGAAAAGGCCGAGAAGCAGCGUGAGGAGGAGAAGCAAUUGCCGCCCCCGAAGCCCGCCAACGAAUUCUCCACGGGCAUCAAAUUUGGGCAGACGGCGGACCCCAGUCUGCUGCCCGUCCCUAAGUCGGAGGAGGGUCCCCUCUUCGUCUACGAGCCGCUGAUUGCUCUCAGUGAAGGUCCCGCCAUGCCGCCCACCAGCGAGAUCGAGACCAUGGGCUACAUCACCCACAUACGCUCUGAGACGCCGCAGGAGAACGCCGGCGGCUUCACCUCGACUUUGGCCUGCGAACGAGCGCUCCAGGAGGCGCUGCAGGGCCUAUACUACACGGCCACGACGGGAGUGGCCGCGGGCACUUAGUCUUGGAAGAAGGGAAGAUGGUCGCACAACCAGAGCACAGAACGCUUACUUUUGUUGAACAAAUGUGUCCUAUACGAAUCCAUUCAGUUAACUCGUAAUCUACUUAAUAUAUAUUUUAAUGAAAUAAAUGCUAUAUCGUAUGUUAUGAACGAUCUUCCUCUUAUUUUUCUAAUGGAUGAUCAAAAUAAAAAUAUACAACCCCUUUCAA